CAAACCAUUCCAUAACCCACCCUCCACUCUUCUCCCUGACUUCAUCUUCUUCCUCUGUUUCUCUCUCACUGGUUCACUUCUUCAACAACACAAAACCCUAAUCCGCGAGAUAACAAUCCAUGGACGCUGAUUCCUCUUCGAAUGCUCGCCUCUCUUCUUCCUCCAGACACUAUCAAUCCGCUCUUCAAUCUCGUUCAGUUAGGUUUUUUUUGGGCAUCUGAAUCACACAGUACUGAGUGCUAGCAAUGAAUCUGGUUCCUUUCCAAUCUGCGCCACCACCACCUCUUCCUCCCGGGCCUCCUAGGUUUCCGAUGUUACCUUCUGAACUGCCAAAUUCGAAUUCCUUUUGGGAGAACAGAAAUGUGUUUGACCGCCUCAAAGAGUUGCAAGAUACUCUCAAUCUAGCAAAGGGAAUGAAGAAGGAGCUAGAGAUGUUGAUGAUGAUCAAAGAUAGUAAAGGGUCUUCGUUAGAAGAUGUAAAACAUGGCUCACAGGAUCCGUAUCUUUCUGGUUUUCUUAAAUGUCUAGAAGACAGAAAAGUUAGUGUAGAAACCCAAGAAUCAUUGACUGUUGAAGCAGCUAAUGCUUUGAUUUCAAAAUUAGGAAAUCAGCUGGGGCCAUUCAGAUUUGUAGCGGAUGAAGCGACUCCAUGGGAAGAGAAAUCUGCGGUGGCCAGGUUUACAAAUAAAGUGCAUAAGUCUAAAAGGAAUAAACUCUGGAGGAAGAGAAAGAGGAAGCGUGUUGCAGAAAUGCUUGCAAAGGAGUCUGAGCAGUUUGAGAAAAUUGACCGAGAAGCUGAUGAAUGGAGGGCCAGGGAGAUUGCCAAGGACAUUGCCAAUAGCAAGGUUACAAAGAUGAAACAAAUUGCGAAGCUUAAAGCCAAAGAAGAGAAGAAGAAACAAGGGUCUGAGCUCGAGAUACUGUUGAUGGUGGAGAAACUUAAAGAAUUACGCUCCUUAAGGAUACAAAAGCUGAAAAAACAAGGCCAUUUUCUCCCUGAGGAGGAUGACAAAUUUCUUGAGAGAGUUCAGGCUGCAGUGGAAGAAGAGGAGCGCGAAGCUUUGGCUGCAGCUGAAACAGAUGCUGCUAAAGAUGCAAUUGCAACUGCUGAAGAAUCCAGAAAAGCUAUUCAGAGUCAAGGGAAACUCUCGAGAGGAAACAAUGACGAUAGUGAAGUUAAGGAGAGUAAAGAUGAAAUAGUUCAUAGUGUAACUGAAGAGGUCUCCGGUGCGGCUGAUGAAAAGAAAUCUAGUAAAAUAGCAUCUGAUGGACAGAGGUCUGCAGGAGCAUAUGAUCCUUUGGCAAAUUUGCCUCUUGAGUUCUAUCAUUAUUAUCAUGGAAGCAACAAGGACAUGGGUACGCUAAUUGAGGUUAGAAGAGGAUGGGAUGCCUACAUCAGACCAGGAGGAAGCCGUAUACCAGGGCACUGGGUUCAACCUCCUCCUCCAGCCAAUGAGAUAUGGGCAUCUUAUUUGGUCAGGCCAAAAUGAUUAGUUGACAAGCUUGUGGACUCAUAACUCAUUUCGCAUACAGAUGUCUUCUGAUAAGUUUUUGAAUGUUUGAACAGUGAGUGAUAUUCUUGGCAAGCUCCCAGGUAUAUCACCAUUGUCACCAUGUAUUGAAUUAAGAUGCUGAUAAUCAUUAUUGUUGAAUGUAUAUAGGGAAGGGAUGUAAAGGAUAAGAAUAAUUUUUCAAUAUUACAGUAGUAUUUACAAUUGAAUGAAUAGCUGUGUAUUAGUCGUU